AUGGAGAACAUCUUUGACCACUAUGACCUGCUGGAGGUGAUGGAAGGAACGGAGAAGCGCCCCGAGAACGACCCGGAGAAGAGCCCGUGGGUGCGGAAGAGCGCACAAGGCUAUCUCCUACUUGGGCAAGCGUUGGGGAGCAGCCAGAUCCGUCACAUCAAACCAUUCCAGCGUGAACCAGAGAAGGGACCAAAGGCAUGGGCUGCUCUCAAGGGUGUACAUGCUCCUGCAACAGCGGCGGUAGUGGUGGUGUUGGAACGGCAAAUGGCGGCACUACGAAUUGAAGAAGACGAAGCGGUUGAAGAAGGGGUGCAGAAAUUCUUCGACUUGUUGACGCGGCUUGAGGGAGCUGAUUUGAACUACAGUGAGCUCCAAAAGAAGACCAAGUUGCUGGCCUUACUCCCAGAGUCAUGGUCCUCUCUCAUCAUCAACCUCAAUCGUGACUUGCCCCACCUCUCGCUCGAAGACGUGAAGCGAGCGAUCCUUCAAGAGGAUUUCCGUCGCCGUGAGUUGGCGAGUGCGGAUGGCGCCGGGGCAGCAAGCAUCGGCCGUGGAUAUGGCCGUGGAAAGGGCAGAGGACGAGGAGGAGGAAGGUUUGGAGGCAGCAACUUCAACGGAGGCCGCGGGAGUAGCGGAUACGGCAAUGACAACAAGAACAACGGACGCGGUCGCGGACGGUUCGACGGCGAGUGUCAUUUUUGCCACAAGAGCGGACACAUGUGGCGCGAUUGCUACAAACUCCCUGAUGGAUGGACUCCUGCUCAAGGCCAAGAGGGUAGAGGAGCAGGAGGAGGGAGAGGAAGAGGCCGUGGAGGCCGUGGCGGUCGCGGAGGUGGUGCUGGAAGUAUGAAGAGUGCCGGCAACGAGAGCGAGUCGAGGGACGAUCGCUUCCCGGGUCAAUUCUUCUUCGUGUCCACGCAAGCACCGGCUGGUCCAGAGAAUGAUGAAAGCUUUGAGGAGCCAGCAGCUGUGGGGAAGGUCACCCUACACUCCCUGGACUAUUGGGUGAUCGAUAGCGGCGCUACCUAUAGCAUGACACCUCGUGCGGACUUGCUCACCGAACUUGAGCCGUCACCGGUGAAGCAUGUGACAUCGGCUUUGGGGCAGCGAGCAGAGGUGAAAGGCAUGGACAAGGCCAUGUUCAAGGGUGCUGAUGGGAAGAUGGUGGGCCUCAAGAACGUGCUUUGGGUGCCCAACCUUGCUGCCAACCUGAUUUCCGUGCGGCGGUUGCAAAAGGCCGGCAUGGACACGAGCUCGAAGGGAGCUAAGACCUACACCGCGAGGCUUGGCGAGCGGAUUCUUUGGGACCUUCACGAGGAUAGGGAUGUCUACAACGAGAUGUGGCAAAUCCCUGAGCUGGGAGUCAUUCCCAACUCGUAA